UUCCUUCAGAAGAUGACUGACAGUGAUUCUCGUCGGCCGAUAUAUAUCAUGGCCCUCUCUCUCCAGAACCUCCAUAUGCCCCUUGAGCUGCUGCGCCUGAUUUUCGAGUGGGUCGCAGAGGAGGAUUUCGCGACCGCAUUGGUCUUGGUCGGGUCUCAAGGGCGGUCCAGCGCUGGGUCGAGCCCAGUCUCUAUCGACGGUCCAGCUCUCCACGACACAGACGAGCGGCGCGUUCAUUCGCACGAUCGAGGGCUCCCGAACGAAGCCGCCGAUGUUCUUCGCGGCCUACGUCAAGUCGCUGUGCAUCCUGUUCGACAUGCCCUCGGAACACAUGCUCAGGAUCACCUCCGUCUGCACGGGGAUCGACAACCUCACGACGUGGUUCCUGCCGUCACAGAGCCAGAUCUCCGCGCCCGCUCUCCGUCGCCCGCGCGCUUGCGGCGAUCCAGCCGCGCCGAAUAUCCGUCUGGCACGGGAUCACGCACCCGCACCCGACCGACCGCUACCCAUUCGAGGGCCAGUCUUCAGCCGCGUGAGCACCUCAACAUCACCAACAUCUGGGGGACUGGUCCCUGUGGCACUGGGAGGCGCUGCCCCCCACGCUGACGCACAUCUCGCUCGACCUCUCGUUCCGCGCCGGCCAGCCGCAGAGCGGGCGCAUCGCCGCUUCCGUGCGGCGGCUCCUCCGCGACUGCCGAAAAACUGGGUCUGUGCCUUGCGGGAAGUUCCGCGUGGCUUGAUGUCCACGGCAUUGCUGCUGACCGAAAGGCCCGAAGCGACGAUCCGGGGUGCGCUGGUCUCCGCGCUGAGGUGCUCGGAUGGAUGGACCCGCAUCGCAGUCUUUUUCUGCAUCCCAGAUCCGUUCCAGCUCCGGAAGGCACAUUGCGAGUGGGAGGACCUCAAGUGGCGCGUCCUGGAGCAGGCGACGAAACAGCGCCUCGUGGGAGAUACGAGUGCGCUUGCAGCGCGCGAUCUUGUGUUUAUCACUGAAGAUGCUUGUGGUGGAUACCAGCCGCUCCUAUAUUGAUAUUGCUGCUGCCUUGGAGAGCGACACAUGCUUAAUAUACUACAGAUAAUAAUAUACAACCUACGCGUUUGCAUGCCCAGCAAUUUCGUAUUGACUGCAGAGACGGAUCCAACUGUGAGAGUAUGCAUCAAUCAGUGGUAAACAUGCAUUUACCAGGCGCGAUCAAAUCGUGGUGCGCGCAUGAUCAACUUUCCGGAAAAUGGACGCAGGGGGUGGAAGAGAGGGGGGAUCUGCAGAUCCAGAAUCUCACCAAGUAUCACACCGAAUAUCUCCGGAGUACGAGCCCAACAUGGCAGCCACGGUCCAGAUCGAAUAAAGGGGAUGAGGAGGAUAGACUCGUGCGGCCUUGAGAAAGCGGCAUCUCUUGACGCUGAUAACGAGGCCGAGAUAAAACGAUCCAAGUAAAUUGCAUGUUAGGAUUCCGCACUGGGAACCGGGACCUAGAAAACAAGAUGUUCUCAAAAGAAAAAUCUUCGCGACACGCUCGACGAUCUUACGGACGUAAAUGCAAUCAGCAGGCGUACCCUGGUUCCCC